GACUCUGCUGAGCUCUAGGUCAUGCACCUGGGCAAAGACCACAGCCCUGCAAACUGUCGCUCUACGCGUACGCACACUGUUGACCAAACAAAAUGAUCUUGCUGCCACUGGCGUGGACACUUGUGACAGUAUCGCUGUGGACAUCAGGUUUGAGCCAGAUCCUGCAACAAGACCCCAUCAAUGUUCUUUAUCCCAAGAUCCUCAGUACAGAGAUUAUCGAGUGUAACUGCGCUAACAUCACCUGUGACUCUGUCUACUGGUUCCGCAGUAUUUCCAACCAUCUCAAAGUAGAGUUCCUAGGCAGAUGCAACAGUGCUGACCGUGUUAGAUAUGGGGCUAAUGUGGACGAAGCACGCUUCAGUCUACACAGGAAGAGUGGUGCGUCCUUCGCGCUACGCAUCAUCAAUGUGACAGAAGAGGACACAGGGAUUUAUUCUUGUGUCCUCAAGGACAGGAAAAACACGGAAAUGUGGAAGCCGGGGAUUCUUCUUCGGCCGGGAGUGAUCCCUCCAACAUUACCUCCGAAGACAAAACCCAAACCACCAGUCAAGUCAGUCUGUCGCUGCCCGAAGAAGAAUUCUAAACAGGAUGGCUGCGGCUCUCUGGUUCUGUGGCCGUUGGUUGGCAUUAUUGCAGCCCUGGCUUUUGCUCUCAUCUGCACACUGUAUUACUUCAGCCGGCUACCCAAAAAAUGUCGGCACCAAUUUGGGAAGAAGAGGUAGAUGACUCAAAGUACUGCAUGUACAGCAUAUAUCUGACACAAAUGGCUGAGGUGUUUCUCUUGAGCUGAGGUCCAGUGAAGCAUAAAGGACAGGAAGACCCCGAAGAUUAACUCUGCUAACUGCUAACUGUUUAACAGCGAGAUGUGGGCCAGUCAGAGAGGAGUGUUGUGUUUUCAAGAGCAGCAACCAUGUAACGCAUUGUAAUAUAAACUGUUUCUUUUGUUUGUUUGUUUUAUUAAUCACAAGAUAGUUCCAGUCCCCCAUCAGUUAUAAGCACUGUGCUGUAACUGUUAACCUAUAAUAUUUUUGAUUCGUCAAUAUGCAGAUUACGUCAGAAUUUAUCCAGGUGCUUUUUCAAUUCGGCGGGUUUAUGAUCUUAAGCUUUUAUUUCUUUUUAUUAUGAUCAAAAUCAUUACAUCAUUUGGCCUUUAAAUCAUUAAAGGCCAAACCUUACCUUUUUAUUUACAAGAAAAAAACAGACUAAUAACCAGCUGAACUGAAAAAGAAAAUUUAGUCAGUUGCUUUUUGAUCUCUUCAAUAUGUAUUGUAUUGUUUUUGU